CAUGUUACCGCCUCCAACCCGGAGCCCGGCCUUCGCCCCCCUCCGCAUGAAUCUAAUCCUCUUAACGUCGUUACCGGUGCUGAUACUUCUUUUGCGGCUCUGUCGAGUGUUCUCAACCGUGUUCAGAGACAUAACUGUACCGAAGCAUACUGUCUUCGGCGCCGCCGGCUUCCCGGUGGAAUAUUCUCACGCAAUAAGCUAUGCCGGUUCUAUUUCGAACGUACUCUCUACGAGCUCGCUAUCCUCACGCGCGAAAUGAACCCCAACUAUGACAUGUUUGACGGUACCCGACCGAAUGACUAGAGGAUGAAUAACUAUAUUCGAGGUAUUGUUUUGGGCUGGCUAGCCAACACGGACUCAACACCUUGCACCUCUCUUCGU